GUGAAAAUGAGAUUCUUGUCCCACGCGAUGUUCUCAUGUUUCCUUACUUACAUUUUUUGUGAAAACGGUUUUAAAGUUUACUAAUAAACGCGACCAUUCGAAAGUUGAAUGCGAUUGAAUUUGCUUCUGAACAAACAAUAUUAAAUAAACAAUAACCAGUAGAAAAUGAAGAUGUUUUGCCUCAUCAUGUUAUUGAUCAUGACCUGCCUUUCCUCCGGUGAUGCUAAGCAAUGCAAAGACGCAACCAUCGCCUCCUCUCGAAGUCUGUACUUCAGUGGCGUGGCCAAUCGGAUCUUACACGGAUAUGGAUACCGUAACUUGACGGGCAUUUCGGCAAUCAGCUGUGGCAAUUUGUGCAUGUCUGAUACACGGUGUAUGUCUAUCAACUACUAUGAGCGGGAAAAGCUGUGUGAGCUGAACGGGGCUACAGCGUCGCAACACCCGGGCGCGGUGACUGAGAUGACUGGUAGCUACUACGGGUCGGAAGAGCCAAUUGUCUUCUGCCAGCUUCAUAUGAAAGGGGUAGGAUCGGGAGAUAUUCAAAGUCAAACAAACCCUGCAUACCCUUACCACUCUAUGGCUUCUUCUGGAUGCGAGGCAGCCGGCUACCACCUCUGCCAACCGUGGGAGAUUCAGCAGGCAUUCCAGGCGGGCUACCGGUACGACUCGCCUGACGCUGACACAGGCUUCUGGUACGCCGUGCCCCUAGCUCUGACCACGUUGACUACCAACGGGGCCCUGUAUCAAGACCUACCGGCUCCGACUGUCUCAACUGAUACUUUCGCGGUCUCUGACCGUAAUGGCAUGAUAGAAUCUUGCGUUUCACUACAAGCUCACCUCUGCACCUUGGUCGAGCUGAAAGAGGCAUUCUUAAGAGGAUAUCGUCAACCCUUUGAAAACUUCGGGAUGUGGUUCGAGUUGCCCAACACCACCGCUCACAUGAAAGUACAAGGUUGUGGAUUGCCGACUGCAAGUUGCUACGCUGGUGUUGUGUCUGUAUCUACUACCCAAACGGAAGCAACUCGUGUAUUUUGCUGUCCGGAAUGGAGUGCUGUGGAUUCCCUUUCACUCUGCUGCCCCGGGCUGGUGAGCCUUCGAGACCCCAUCGUCACCCAAGAGCGGCACGCUAAGGAAGACCGUGCGGGGAUGGAGAGUGCCUGCUCUGCUCUAGGGGCUCACAUCUGCACCCUAGCCGAGCUGAAAGAGGCUUACUUGAGUGGUUACCGCCAACCGGAGGGUGGUUGGUGGUACUACUCGGUCUCCAACAGAGAAGCUCAACUAUUUGCGACUGGGUGUGGAUACUACAGUAACGACGAAUGCUACGAGGGUAUCGUGGCAAACACACCGAGACCCGGUGAUACUGCUCGGGUAUUCUGUUGCCUUUCGACAUCGGCGACAUCGCAGAUGUGUUCGAAAUAAUAUUUUGACAAAGAAGGUGACAAAGAGGGCGCGUUGCCCUAAAUAAUAACACGUGACCAUAUUUCACGAAUCUGCUUUAAAUAAUAGUUUAUGCUUAACCAAAUGAGGUAACCAGACAAAAUAAUAGUCACUGGUAUUCUGCUCUACUUAAACUGCACCCUGUUUCCCAAAAUGACGCCUCAAUCUACCCUUUCAUAUGACGUCACGAGCCUUAAACAGUUCCCUCGGUGAUAGACUUGAUUCGAGUCCCUUUCUCGUGUGAGAGGCCCGUUAGCAUAUCGCACCAACUAGCAAACAAGCCGUGUAGCAGUGCACACUCCCUGUCAAAAUAUAGCUACAGUGGUCUAAGAAUUUGUUAGUAGUAGUAGUAGUAGUGGUCCCGAGAAUGGAACAGGUUGGGGAAUCUAGAGCCUUACAAAACAAUAUAGUUUUCUGGCGAUGGCACGAGAUUUGGACUUGAGUCAAGUCUACCUCAGUGAGGACCAU